AUGUACAUCAUGGCCCUCUUGGGGAACUUCACCAUCCUCUUCAUUGUGAAGACGGAAUCAAGCCUUCAUGUGCCCAUGUACUAUUUCCUUUGCGUGCUGGCCAUCACCGACCUGAUCCUGUCUACCUCCAUUGUGCCCAAAAUGCUGAGCAUCUUCUGGUUCAAUUCCAGGGAGAUCAAUUUCAAUGGCUGCCUCACCCAGAUGUUUUUCUUUCACUGUUUCUUAGCAAUAGACUCUGGGAUCUUCGUAGCCAUGGCUGUGGAUCGCUACGUGGCCAUCUGCCACCCCCUGCGACAUUCCACCAUCUUGACAAACCCAGUGGUGAGCAACAUCUGCCUGGCCGUGGUGCUUCGUGCUGGCUUCAUCGUACUGCCCUGUGUCCUCUUAGCAAGGCAGUGGUCAUAUUGUAGAUCAAACAUGGUCCCCCUGCCUUACUGUGUGCACAUGGCCGUGGUGGGGCUGGCCUGUGUGUUUUACAUCCCAAGUUUCUUCUUCUCCCUCACGGCCCGAUUUGACAAGAAGAAGCCUCACCCCUUCCAAGUUCUCAUUAACAAUGUGUACUCCUUGAUGCCUCCCAUGCUAAACCCUUUCAUUUACGGGGUGAUGACCAAACAGAUCCGGGACAGGCUACUGAAGCUGUUUAUUCAUAAGGGCACAUGA